AUGAGAAAACUACUUAUUUCCAUAGUACUUCUGGGGUUAGUAUGUCUUUCCUGGUAGCAGUGUGCUGAUUAUGCUAACUUAGUUGGAGGUUCUUGUAGUUGCAUAAAUGGAUAUUACAGUCUUAAUCCUAAUACUUAAAUAUGCUAAUAAUGCCCAAAUAAUACUUCAGCAGUUUAAGGAGGUUAAAUAGUUGGUAGCUGUAUUAAAUGUGCCUAUAAUAAUUACUAUAUCUAAAAGGGUGCUAACGCUGUUUCUGCUGCUACCUGCGUUUAAUGCCCAACUGGCACAUAAAUGUAGUUAGGGAAUAUCUUAUUUCGUUUAUUGUAAGUUGGCUCAGUACAAGAUGUUAGUAGCUGUGCUUAGUGCUAACCUGGAUACUAUCUUUCUUAAUAAGCUACUCCUGCAAAUGGCAGCACUCCAGCUUAGGCAGCUCAAUGUGUUUAAUGCCCUAAUAAUGCCUCAACUCUCAAACCUAGUACCAGUGUUUAAUCUGCUGACGAUUGCUCGAUUUGUCUACCUGGUUUUUACGUCAGCACAAUGGUCUAGAGUGGCUAAGUACUUUGCUCUCCAUGUCCCUAAGCAGCUCUUACAGCAAAUUCUUCAGGUUUGUAGGAUAUUAGUGAUUGUUCUCUUUGUAGUUCUGGUUUCUACAGAUCCAACUUUGAUUCAUCUACUGGAGCUACUUGCUAGCAAUGUCCUGCUGGUUCAUCUGGGGAUGUCACAAGUAAUGGGAUUAAUAGUUGCAAAUACUGUCAAAUAAACUAUUAUAUGACACAAUCUAGUACUACUUUAAGCGCAGCUACUUGUUCACCUUGCCCAACUGGUUCAGGAAACUAUUUUGGCCCUUAAUAGUAAGGAGAUGUUUAUUAGUGUAACAUAUGUAUUAGCGGUUAUUAUAUGACUUAGGCAUCAAAAAAAGAUGGUACUCCUGCUUCAGCUUAAUGCCAAAAAUGCCCCGAUAAUUCAACAAGCGAUUAAACUGCAGUAGUUAAUUCCAUAGCCUCUUGUACCUGUUAUGAUUAAUUAGCUCUUCCUUUAUCAAGUUCCUAAUAAACGUGUUAAUGCAAGCCUGGAUAUGGAGGAACUGUUUCAAAUGUGCCAAAUUCUACUGGCUGUAAGCCUUGUGGUCCUGGUUAUUACUCAAAUUCAGGAGUAUGUUAGCCAUGCCCUGCAGGAACCUAUUCAAACGGUACCUAAAAUACCUCUUGCAAACCUUGUAAUGAUGGUUAAUAUAACUCUCAAUCUGGUUCUACUUCAUGCAGCGAUUGUCCAAAAGGUUCAACAAACCAAUCUGGAAAUGCUGGCUGCUAAUGCUAUGAUAUUAAUUCUGUACCUUGGUCACAGACUUCAAGUGAAUGUGUGUGCGCAAAAGAUUUUUAUGGAGAUGCUACAUUAUCAAACGAAACCUCAUCAAACAAUUGCUAAAAAUGUCCUGAUAAUGGAACCUCAGAACCAGGCACAGCCAAAACUCAAGCAGAUUGCAAGAGUUCUAGUUCAGGAUCGAAUUCUGGCUCUAACUCUGGAUCUAAUUCUGGCUCUAACUCUGGAUCAAAUUCAGGUUCAAGCUCUGAAUCUAAUUCUGGCAAUUAAUAACCAUCAAAAGAUACGAAUUAGCCAACAUAUCUUUAUUCACCAGUAAUUAUUUUGAAGAUGUUUUUCUUAUGUUUUUUAUUAUUAAUUUGA